GAGGCGGAGGAGCAGUAGGAGGAGGAGGAGCCGCUUCACAGCUGAACUGUCCGCCUGGAUUUUGCACAACAAGGAGUCUGAGAGAGUGCGAUGGCGGCAGGAGGAGGAUGCGCGGACAGUGUGGAUGAGUACCGGGCCGAGGUGGAGAGGCUGAACCGCGAGCUCGCUGAAGCGAACCGGGAGAAGAUCCGCGCAGCGGAGUGCGGCCUGGUGGUGCUCGAGGAGAACCAGAGUCUGAAACAGCAUUGCGCUGAGCUGGAGGCUGAGCAGGAGGCGCUCAGGAAAGAGCUGGAGCAGCUGCAGGAGGCUUUUGGUCAGGCGUACUCUAACCAGCGGAAAGUGGCCGAGGAUGGUGAGACGAACGAGGAGACGCUUUUGCAGGAGUCCGCCUCUAAAGAGGCAUACUACAAGAGUCGCCUGCUGGAAUUGCAGACCGAGCUUGACCUGAGCCGCUCAGUAGCUUCCAACACACAGGCUGAAAGCGAACGUCUGAACAUGCUGCUCCAGGAUUUAAAAGAAAAUAACGAGAUGCUGGAGCUGCACAAGGCCAGGAUGAGCGAAGAGAUUAAGGAGUAUAAGUUUAGAGAAGCCAGACUACUGCAGGACUACACUGAGCUGGAGGAGGAGAACAUCACAUUACAGAAACUCGUGUCUACGCUCAAACAGAACCAGGUGGAGUAUGAAGGCUUAAAACAUGAAAUUAAGGUAUUGGAAGAAGAAACAGUUCUGCUGAACAGCCAAUUAGAUGAUGCGUUGCGUCUGAAGGACAUCUCUGAAGGGCAGUUGGAAGAGGCGCUGGAUGCUCUGAAGAGUGAAAGAGAACAGAAGAACUGCUUGAGGAAGGAGCUAGCAAACCACCUUAGCCUGACUGACAGUGUGUAUGGAACCAGCACACAGAUUCCCAUCUCUGUUGUGGAGGGAUUAAAGUUUGCAGAGGAGCCGACCACUAACGGCACCUUGGCCUCUGGCUCUAGUCCCAAUAAUGAGGACAGUAACAGGUGUAACGGCUGUAAUGGCCAUGGACCGAAGAUGAACGGUGACUACCACUGGCCGUGUGGAAGAAAAGAAACACUGAACCCCGUGUCGGAUCUGUUCAGCGAACUCAACCUGUCUGAAAUACAGAAACUGAAACAGGAACUCUUACAGGUGGAGCGAGAAAAGGCUACUCUACUGACUAACUUGCAGGAGUCUCAGACCCAGUUACAGCACACGCAGGGCGCUCUAACAGAACAACAUAAGCGUGUAAAUUGCCUUAACGCACGUGUCAAUGCUAUGAAACAUCUGUGCAGUGACAAGGAGCUGGAUGCUGAGGAGACCGAGAAAGGGGACACUCCUUUGAAUGGUUGCCUUGAGUACAACAUCGACAUUAAUGGCAUCGAAAUCCUGGAAUGUAAGUACAAGGUGGCCGUUACAGAGGUAAUUGAUCUUAAAGCUGAGCUAAAAGUCUUAAAGGAAAAGUACAAUCAGUCUGUAGACAGUCAAUCAGAAGAGCGCGACCAAAGUGAGGGGAAACUGCAAGCACUUUAUGAUCAUGUGGCGACAUUGGAGAGAGAGUGUCGUGAGAACCGUGAGCGAAUCACCAGCCAAGAGGUUGAGCUCCGAAGUAUGUCGUCCAUGAACAGUGAGAGUCAGGGUAUGCUGAAUGCUGCUCAGGAUGAACUAGUUACCUUUAGUGAAGAACUUGCCCAGCUCUAUCAUCAUGUCUGCUUGUGCAACAAUGAAACGCCCAAUCGAGUCAUGCUGGACUACUACCGCCAGAGUCGUGUUACACGUAGCGGCAGUCUUAAAGGCACUGAUGACCCGCGUGUUCUACUGUCACCACGCCUUGCCCAUCGACUUGCUGCCAUGAAUUCAUCAGAUUCUUCUCGGAGCCCUCAUGACUCACCCUUGAAGGAAGCAUUAAGUGAAGUGAGUAAAGCAGAGACAAUGAGCCCCAAUAGGAGCCCAUUCGGCUCUCCCGUCCACAGUGGCACAUCUGCUUCACCCAUACCAGAGGCAAACGGAGAUCUUCGCAAAGAGCCAUUAAAUAUUUACAACCUGAACGCCAUUAUUCGGGACCAGAUCAAGCACCUGCAGAGAGCUGUGGACCGCUCAUUGCAACUUUCCAGACAGAGGGCUGCUGCUCGGGAGCUGGCACCCAUCUUUGACAAGGACAAGGAGGCCUGCAUGGAGGAGAUCUUGAAGCUGAAGUCCCUCUUGAGCACGAAGAGAGAGCAGAUAGCCACUCUACGACUUGUACUUAAAGCCAACAAACAGACUGCAGAAGUAGCCUUGGCCAACCUGAAGAGCAAGUAUGAAAAUGAAAAGACUAUUGUGACAGAUACAAUGAUGAAGCUGAGGAAUGAGCUAAAGGCUCUAAAAGAAGAUGCAGCCACCUUUUCCUCUUUAAGGGCGAUGUUUGCCACCAGGUGUGAUGAGUAUGUUACUCAGCUGGAUGAGAUGCAGAGGCAGCUGGCAGCAGCAGAGGAUGAGAAAAAGACUCUGAACUCUCUGCUCCGUAUGGCGAUCCAGCAGAAACUGGCUCUUACACAGCGUUUAGAAGAUCUGGAGUGUGAUAAUGAGUCACAUCGUGGACGUGGAGGAAGGAUAUCCAAAAUCAAAACCAGUCCUCAAAAAUCUCUUGUAGAUUGUCAGCAGCCUGCUGCAUCAGUACCGCCACUCUCCCGACAAAUGAGAAGUGGGAGAGUAUUCCCGGCUCGCAGUACUAAUAUUGUGAAAACACUCCGAGACGAUGAGCUACAAGAAGCCAACUCCAGACUCCCAUGCGACCCUUUUAAAUGUCUGUUACAUCACUCUCAUAUACCUGGUCCUUAGCCAUUGAAUAGCCAUGUCCACUAUCCCAAGCCAUUCCACCAUACCCUGUGGCCUUGCCUACUUUCUAAAGAACUAACCAGGGGACAUGCUUUUUAAACCAUCCGGUCAGGUGCUCCUCUUUCUGUGUGACCUCAAACAGACUCACCCUGUUUUAACCCAAGAAGGUGAGCCAAGACUAUGGUGAACCACUUUGCUUUCAUCGGAUACAAGUUAACACUUUUUUCAAUGGAAAGCGAAAGAGUGAAUGCUGAUGCCUAGUAUGGACUGUUUGUCAUUUAUUUAUCUAUUUAUUUAUGUUUCUUAUGUUUUGUUUCUAUUUAUUUGCAAUCCUGGGUGACUGGAAUUCACUUUCAUUUGAAACAGAAAGGUUUGCUGUGGGAUUUUUUUUUUAAUAUCAGUAGCUGAAUAAUCAAAAUAAUGGUUUUUAUUCAAAACCUAAAAAAUAUGUUUAAAUGCUUCUAAGAGGUUUGGUACAGUAUUGAUGUUAAGCAUUAUUUUUAAUAUCUAAGAUUUGGGAUUAAUGGCCAUGGGAUAAAAGUGUGUAUAUGAAAAAAAAACCCAUUAUUAAAUAGUUGUAGAUCUUUGGUUUUUAGUCAAACUAAGAAAGUGUUAAUUGGAUUUACUUGAGGUGUUCAAUAGACCAGAACAAAUUGAAUCAAAGUAAUAACAAUCUGUAAAUGUUCUUUUCCAACAUGUGGUUAAGAGAUAUUUGGUUUUGGCUUGUGUGUCACCUUCCACUAUGGUUCUAUUAUAAUGACAAUAUGAUUAAAUUAUGAUUGUAUGCAUAGGGUGUAUUUUACUCAUUUAUAUUUAUUUAUCAAAGAAUUAUUACAAAGGUUAUAUUUUAUACUUGAUUUUUUUUGUAUUGGUUACAGUUGAUAUGAGCAGUGUAGGGGUGAUAGAAUGUGAGUGAUAGUGUUAAGUUAAAGAGCACAUAGUGAAUACUGUGGCCAGAGUUUGGUGAUCCUGCUGUGAUGAAACUUUCAUUAUUGUGAAACCCCAAACCUGUAUACAGCAACUGAAAUCUAUUGCAUCAUAUUUUCACUAAAAAGAUAAUCAUGGAUGAAGUCUCUAUUCACUCACUCUUUCUCUUUCUCCCAUUUAUGACUUAAGCACAAACGCAUUAAUAAUCUCAAUAAUUAUUUGGUCGUAUUAUACUGUAAAACAUACCAGCAGGACAAUUUCUGAUAUAUUUCCAUUUUCAGAUACUAAUAAAACUGUAAAUAAAAAAAGCAAAGUUGUAUGAAUGAAAUCUGCACUCAUUCUGAGAAAGUGGAACAAAGUAGAGUUUCUCUAAUGACACAUGCAAAAGAGGUCAUUUAAUGAAUGGUGUUAUUGAAAUGCCUGUUUCAGUCUUCCCGGUACUUUUGGUACCAUAUCUCUUAGUUUACAUGGAAGGACUUUUGAUUGUUUUGUAUAAGAUGAUUGUGUUCAGUUUGAAAUAUGCUUGAUGUGCACAGUGGUCUGACAGGGAAAUGAAAUGAAUGAAACGAAAAUUGAUGUACACUCAACUGGACAAUCACCCUCCUUGUUACUGACUAAAGCAUAGUUGUGGCAGCAGGACAUAACGAUACACUUGGUUUUUUUUUUUUGUGUGUAUAUGUAUUCCCUUGUUAAAUAAAAUCUGAACUCAUGAUUCAGUUCUGCAUGUAGUUAAAGGCGAAUAAAAAAAAUGUGAUGGGUGAAUGGCCCUCCUUGAGACACAUAGCAUUUUGUUUGAAAAUUAAAAGACUAAUGAUUAAUAAUUAUAUUUUGUACCAGAUUUAAUCUGGUGAAAGUUGUGGUGAGUCAAUCCUAGGAAGACAAAUGGAAAUACAUCACAGAUGGGACAUCAGUUUCUCACAGGACAGAAUGCAAACAUUCACCAAUGGGGCAAUUUAGUUCAGCAAGAAGUUCAGAAAAUUGUAAUUAUUCACCUCAGAAGGUUGCAUAUUGAGUUACAUAUUAAGUGAGUUACAUAUUAUAGUACAUAAAAUCAAUCAAACGGACUAAUCUCACUUAUUAAAUGUCACUCAUAAACAUGCAUAUCCUAAUUCUGUAAUAAACAUGGAUGUUUUAUAUGUA